GUUACAGGACAUCUAGCAGCCUUCCGUUCACGACGCAUUUUGCCUUAGCCUUUUGCCGCGCCUUUACGACUACCAACAUGAUGAAAUCUGUCGGUCUUGUCCUUCUUCUCAUUGCAGCCUUUGCCUACUCCGGUGUUGAAGGUGCAAAUUCAUGUGCAACUGUACUGCAGAACACCAUAUGGCAGAACGCAGACCUGAAAGCUGCGUUAAGCGCCUGCAAGUCGGAUCCAGACGGACGUGCCGCCUUGACUGCCCUCGGAGGCUAUGCUGCCUGCAGGGGCUACAACUUCGGUGCGGUCAAAGUCGGCAAGUGCGAUGCAGUUGCAGCUCCCUACAUGAAAUGUGUAGCUGGAAAACUUGGUUACUUGAAAGCUGAUGGCUCCAUCAACAACGCAAAGAUCUCUGACCAGUACAAGACUUACGCGACUCGCGGUAGUCUCUGCACAGAUGCUAUGUACAACUCCGCUGCGGGGAAAUGUGGCACUGUCACGAACUAUGCGUUCCUGGUGAAGGCCGAAUGCAUCAUCAAGGCGCUGAACCAGUACUCUGGGUGACCUGCGCAAUCUGGCCCUCAUAAAUUCAUCUGACUGGCGGCUUUGAAGUGUUCACAACAGGUUGAAAAAGUUUUGAACACUUCAAAAUGGGAACUUGGAACUUUUACACAGCUUGGACGAAAUAAUUUGCAAUAUAUUAGGUGCAUGA